ACUUUAACCACCCGGUGCACGUGAGAGUGUCAAACUGUCAACAGCCACACGACAAGAGUUUUAGAAAGAUAAGAGUUCUGAUUUUGCAAAUCAUCAUUCUUUUCCGGGUGACCUGUAGUAAAACGCCGAUUGAAACUCAAAGAUUAAUUCCGAGAAAAGAAGUAUACUAUAUUCAAAGGAGCUUAACAAUGACUGCUUUAUUACGAGGUGUAUUUGUUGUUGGUGCUAAAAGAACACCUUUUGGAACAUUUGGUGGAACAUUGAAGGAUGUUACAGCGACACGCCUUGGUGUAGUCGCUAGUGUUGCUGCUCUUAAAAGUGCAAAAAUUAAACCAGAGAAAGUGAAUUCUGUUACUUUUGGAACAGUUAUUCAGGCUAGUUCUAGAGAUGGACCUUACAUAGCCCGUCAUAUUGCUUUACAUGCUGGAGUACCCCAAUCUGUUCCAUGCUUAACUGUAAAUAGACUUUGUGGCUCAGGUUUUCAAUCAAUAGUUACUGGCUGUCAGGAAAUAUGUUUGAGGGAAGCUGAAGUUGUCUUAGCUGGUGGUGCUGAAAAUAUGAGUCAAUCUCCGUAUGCUGUUAGAGAUAUAAGAUUUGGAACCAAAUUUGGAGUUGACUUGAAGCUUGAAGAUAUGCUUUGGAGCUCAGUUUAUGACACUUACGCUGAUAUGCCCAUGGCUAUAACAGCUGAAAACUUAGCAGAGAAGUACAAAAUAUCACGAGAAGAAUGUGAUAGCUUUGCCUUACAAUCUCAACUUAAAUGGAAAAACGCUCAUGAUAAUGGACGAUUUCAAGAAGAAAUGGCACCUGUUCCUGUUAAAGUCAAAGGUAAAGAAGUCAUGUUUGAAAUUGAUGAGCAUCCAAGACCUCAGUCUACUAUGGAAGGCUUAUCUAAAUUGAAACCUGUCUUUAAACCUGGAGGCACUGUUACUGCUGGAAAUGCAUCAGGAAUAUGCGAUGGAGCUGCUGCUGUUGUUUUAGCUAGUGAAGACUAUGUGAAAUCAAAUAAGCUGGCUCCCUUAGCUAGAAUUGUAGGAUAUAGUUAUGUUGGUGUGGAUCCAACAAUUAUGGGCAUUGGACCUGUAGAUGCUAUCAGAAAGCUUUGUGAUAAUACAGGAGUAAAGCUGAGCGAUGUUGAUUUAGUUGAUGUGAAUGAAGCUUUUGCCUCACAAUUUUUAGCUGUUCAGAAAGAAUUAAAUUUAGAUCCAACUAAAACAAAUGUUAAUGGCGGUGCUAUUGCUUUAGGACACCCUGUUGGAGCUUCUGGUGCAAGGAUUGUUGCUAACCUAACUUAUGAAUUACGGGCAAGAAAAGCCAGAUAUGCCGUUGGUUCUGCAUGCAUUGGUGGUGGUCAAGGUAUUGCUGUAAUGUUGGAAAACAUCAGCUAAUUUGUAUCUUCUUCUAUGUCCAUUCACAGAAGUGCCUACUCUUAUAAUUUACAUGUGGUAUUUUUGGUUAUUUUCAUUUGAUAGAUCUAUUAAUUUUCCAGAUGUGAUAUUUCAUAUUAACUUCAAGGAGCAAAAUAUAAGAUUUCUGCCAAAUCAAAAUAUGGUAUGCCAUAGCAUCAAUAAUUAAUUGGUUAAAUGAGAAAAAAUAAUAAUAACACAACCCUUAUAUUUUUGACUGGAAGUUUUGAUGAUUUGCAAUACAUUUUUUAUUAUCAGUAUACAUUUUUUUUUCUUUCGAAUGGCAAUUUUUCAUCUUUUCUGCAGCAAAACCUGUAUUUGUAACUAUUUUGUUUAAUAUUUGUAUACCUAAAUGUGCAAUUUUUAAGUAUUUUUUUACAAUUUCUAACAUUGUGCUCACAGUGUGGAGAAAAUAAAUAUUUGUAUUUUUAAA